AUGGAGGCAAAUGAAGGCGACACAACCGACACGGAGUGGUUUUUAUCUGCUGAUAUUUCUUCACACUUCAGGCGUAACAGUGUUUAUCAAUCAAGACAUAUUCGCGUCGACCUGCCUUCUGCAACCGAGCCUCUUCAAUCGCGCCAUUCAUGCCAAAAUAUUGAGGUGUGUACCGUGCGUCUCUCUCAGCAUCUCUCUCUCCCUCUCUCUCUCUCUCUCUCUCUCUAUCUAUCUAUCUCAUCUGUUCAUAUGUAUCUAUAUAUCUAUCUAUCUAUCUUUGUUUCUCAAUUGAAAUCUAUAUAUUUAUCUCAGUCUGUUCAUAUCCAUCUUUCUAUCUAUUCUAUCUAUCUAUCUCAUUCUUUUAAUCUAUCUAUCUUAUCUUUUCUAUUCUGUUCCCUCAUCUAUCUUAAUUUUCUUCUUCUUCUUCUUCUUUUUCUUUUCUUCUUUUUUAAAAUAACUUUUUUUUAUUUCUUUUCUCAUUUCAUCAUAUUUUUUUUAAAAAAAAUCUUAGAAUUCCAAAAUUUUCUUCUUUCUUUUUCUUCUUCUUCUUCUUCUUUUUUUUUUCUUCUUUUUUUUUUUUUUCUUUAG